AAUUCGAUCUCAUUUUCUUCAUCUCUUAGUCUUCUCAAUGAUGACUUACGAAAACCACAAUAUCAUCAUAAAACCAUCUAGUCUUCAUAUUGGCCCAGGUGCCUCAAGAAUUUUGGAUUUCAAUGCCGUGACCAAAGGAGAGCUUGACGAGGAUUAUCAAAAAUUCUUAAAUCAUCCUAGACUUGAGUCUAGAGGGAUAAAUGAUCAAGAAGCGCCUAAAGCGAAACUUCAGGCGACAAACAGAAAGAAUUGUAGCGAUCCGAACUUGAGGCGUAAUUAUGUACAAGCUCAACAAAGAGUCUUCGAUUUUAACUCUUCAAUCAUGCAAGGGGGGAGCAUAGCACCAGAAGGACAUAUAACACAAGAGGAGAAUAUAAACCAAGACCAAAGUUUGGGAGGUAAGUUAGGAUGGCUAGGUAAAAUGACGCCUAUCAUGAACAAAAGCUUGAUGAGGGCAGUGGUUUUUUGUGGCAAUGAAGAUGAUUUUUUGGAAACAAGUGAUAGAGAAUCGAAUGUUCUACCCAGAGGAGAUCUCGAUGAGGAUUACAACAAUUUUAUAAAUGAUGCAGACCUUGAAUUCGGAGGAUUAAGUGAUCCAAAAGCGCGUGAUGCAAAACUUGAACAGCCGAGGAAGUUCUCAUUGAGUGGACCUGGCUUGAGAUACACUUCUGUAAACCCCCAUAUAUAAUGAUCAUGAACCGAAGAAUCAGAUUUUUUGGAGGCAAAAAGAUGAUGGAAUUUGGUCUGUGACUCGAUCAAGACGUGAUGUGAAGAUGACGUGGAGCUUGAUCAUUUUGUGCUGGUCCGCUACACCAGGUGAAAGGGAUGAACAUCUCGAAAUACAAUCCUCAAAAGUCAAAGAUGGACUUCAAUUAAUUUGUAAAGCUCACCCGGUGAUAUGGAGUUUUGAAUAUGUUUGGUGAAAGAUGACUG